AUGGAUCAACUCUGUAACUUCCACUUUGGACAAUGGGUGAAAUGUCGCAUGACCAUAAACGGUAAAGAUGUAGUCUUCACUGUUGACCCCGGUGCCUCUGUUAACAUCAUCCCUUCUAGCCUGAUAGGUGACAAACUGUCAGAACUCUGUGUUACAAACAAAAACUUGCGAAUGUGGAAUGAUACCAAUGUCACACCCAUAGGAACUGUGCGCCUGUCUGUAAGAAAUCCGGCUAACAACAAGAAGUACUCGGUUGAAUUCAUGGUUGUUAAUGAACCAUUGACUCCUCUCCUAGGUGUUCGUACAGUAACUCAGAUGAAAAUAGUUACUAUUCAUGAAGAGAACAUUGAGAGGAUUGCAAACAUAUCUGUUGAAAGCCAGUUCGUCGAUGUAUUCGAUGGGAACCUUGGAUGCUUUGAAGGACAAGCUCAUCUCACACUUGACCCAAAUGUGUGUCCAGUCGUCAUGCCAAACCGACGUGUGCCAAUAGCUCUACGAUCCAAGCUGAAAGCUGAACUUGAUCGCAUGCAACAAGCAGGAGUCAUCAUACCUGAAUUGAACAAGGCCCUACUUCGAGAACAUUACACAUUGCCAGUACUUGAAGACACUCUGCAUGAACUCAGUCAAUCGAAAGUAUUCUCUAAAGCAGACCUUUCAUCUGGCUAUCUCCAUGUUCAACUAGAUGAGGAAUCCAGUAAGCUGACAACGUUCCAAAGCUGUUUCGGACGCUACAGAUGGCUCCGACUACCUUUUGGCACAUCCGUAUCCUCUGAAAUUUUUCAGAAGAAACUGAACAUGGCACUUGAAGGUCUCCCUGGUGUAGUGUGUAUCACUGAUGACGUCCUUAUACAUGGGAAAAACGAUGCUGAACAUGACAGCAACUUACUUGGUUUCUUGCAGCGAUGUCGUGAAAAGCAUAUCAGACUGAAUCGCAGCAAGCUACAACUGCGUAUGAGUGAGAUAACAUUCAUGGGACAUCUCAUCACAAAGCACGGUCUGCAAACUGACCCUGAAAAAGUCAGAGCUAUCAACAAUAUGAGUCCUCCAACAAGUGUUGAAGAACUUAGACGCUAUCUUGGAUUGGUCAACUACAUGGCCAAAUUCCUUCCCAAUUUGACAGACGUCACUGCACCAAUGCGCAACCUUGUCAAGAAAGAUGUACCAUGGAACUGGUCAUCAGCUCAACAGUCUGCCUUUGACACAGUGAAAGAUAUGAUCACUACAGCCCCAGUACUCUCAUUCUACGAUCCUAAGAAAGAGCUAACCUUGGAAAACGAUGCAAGCGAAUAUGGACUUGGCGCAGUCCUGCUUCAAGAAGGAAAGCCAGUCGCUUUUGCAAGCAGAUCCCUUGCUGAUAGCGAAAGAAGAUACGCUCAAAUUGAAAAGGAAAUGCUGGCUGUAACCAUCGGACUCGAGAAGUUUCACCACUAUACCUUUGGCCGCUCAGUGAAUGUUGUCACUGAUCAUAAACCACUAGUCGCAAUUGUGAAGAAACCACUCUCGAAAGCGCCCAACAGACUUCAAUCUCUCCUACUGAGAACACAAAAGUACAACUAUAGUCUUACCUACAGGCCUGGCAAGACAAUACCUGUUGCUGAUACCCUGUCAAGAGCACCACUGGCUGAUAAGCCCACACUUGAAACCGUGUUUGUAAACAACAUUGCCCACUUGUCAGUAUCCGAUGAUCGCUUGAAUGAGAUCAAAGCUGCAACAGCAAAGGAUGACACCCUACAACAUCUGAAAGCAACGAUAAUGCAUGGAUGGCCCAAUGACAGACAGCAACUGAAACCGGAACUCCGAACCUACUUCAGCUAUCGUGAUGAGCUCACAAUACAAGAUGGUAUCAUCCUCCGUGGAUCCAGAAUAGUCAUACCUUUAUCUCUAAGAAAGAAAAUCAAGGAGAAGCUACACAUUGGUCACAUGGGAAUUAACUCCUGUCUUCGACGCGCUCGAAACCUAGUUUUCUGGCCAAUGAUGUCGAGUGAAAUAAGACAAUACAUAGAGACUUGUGAUAUUUGUGCUCGAUUCUGCGACAAACAACAUCAGGAACCCCUACAUAUGCAUGACAUCCCUGACCUGCCUUGGGACAAAGUAGGAACUUACAUAUUCACUCUGAAAGGCCGAAACUACCUCAUUACCACAGAUUACUACAGCAACUUCUUUGAAGUUGAUUUCCUCCCUGAAAUCACCUCUGAAGCUGUGAUACAGAAACUGAAACCACACUUUGCUCGUCAUGGCAUUCCAUCAACAGUCAUAAGCGAUGGUGGACCCCAAUAUACCGGCAAUAAGUUCCAGAACUUUAGCAAGAAGUAUGGUUUCAAACAUGAAACGUCCAGCCCUGGUAACAGCAAAGCUAACGGUGCAGCAGAGGCAGCCGUUAAGAUAGCCAAAAGAAUGAUGAAGAAAUGCAAUGCAGCAAAUGAAGAUCCAUACCUAGGUCUUCUCAACAUCCGAAACACCCCAACCGAAGGUCUUCAAACGAGCCCAGCACAACGUUUGAUGGGACGCAGCACUAGAACACAAGUACCCAGUACCCUCGAACCAUUACGACCAUCAAAGUUCAACCAUGAAAAAGAAGAUCUUGAAGACAGAAGAAUGUGCAUCCUUGAUAGACACGAUACGUCUAAUCCAGGCCAAACCCUCAAACCACUGUCAACAGGUGAUACAGUCCGCAUGCAGCCCAUACAAAGUGGGAAGACAGAAUGGUCUGAAGCUACAGUCACCGGGAAGCUGAAAAGUAGAACUUACACGGUGCAGACAAAUGAUGGGUACAAAUACCGACGCAAUCGUCAACAACUCCGUCUCAUGAAGAAGUCCCGACGUCCAGAACCUACUAACAUAGAGAUACCAGUCUCUGACCCUCCACAGCCUGCAGUAGCAACCCAGCAGAACAACGUUCCGAGAACUCCGUCGACAACGUCUACACCUGAAACACUCCCUAAGCAACAACCUCCUGAUGCUGACCACCCGCCAGCAUACCACACCAGAUCCGGGAGAGCAGUGAAAUCCAUCCGCAGACUUGACUUAUAG